AUGACCGCCUUUUCAUUAUUCCAUAGGCCCACCUUUACGCAGAAGCUGAGAUCGAUGGGGCCAUCGCUCUACUUACAUGCGCUUCUGGCGUCCAUGUGCUCAUUCUCUGCUCGCUUCCUCAACGAAGCCUCAGACCACAUGCCGGGUAACCCUUUCGAUGAGAUGCCCAGCGAGAUUCCUUGCGCCGACCACUUUCAUCAAGUGGCCCUGCGUUUCGAAGAAGAAUCAUUGACACAGUGUUCAGACAACACUCCCCCACUAGAAUUCUUGCAAGCCAUUAUCUUGACAACUUUCUUCCAAUUGACCAAGGGAGUGCAUGGCCGCGCUUGGAGGUGGCUUGGGACUUGUAUCCGUGUGGCGCACGAGUUGGAUCUGCACAGACUCGAUGCAGAUAAGCAGCACGGCCAUGUCCCUUCGACGACCGACGAUAUCCUCGCCUGGAGCGAAGAAGAGGAGCGCAGACGCUGCUGGUGGGCCGUGUGGGAGAUGGACACUUUCGCAAGCACGGUCAGGGGCGUCCCAACGGGCCUGAACUGGUCGCAGAGCAAAGUGUUUUUGCCAGUUGAAGAUCGACUGUGGUUCCAGCAGAAAUUCCAUGCCAGCUGUUUCUUAGCGGCCAAGCCCGCAGACCGAUGGAAACUUCUCCAACGGAGCGGCAACGAAAGCCCCGUAGCUUGGAAUCUAGUUGUGAUUUCGCUCACUCGAGAUGCACAGACGACGUCGUAUCUGGGAAGGGCGCUGGGGACGACGACAUAUUGUGAGCCUGAGCAGCAGCAGCCUCGGCCCGCUCCAACCCAAGGACAGGACGACAAGAGGACACACAACAGCACGGUGGAAGACCAGCUCUCCAUAAUCUCACAUGCGCUCCAGUGUACUCUCCUGGCUCUUCCGGACGCUUUGCAAUACCACGGCGAGCCGCUCGCCUUUACGUCUGUCGAACCCAAUCAGUUGCCCGUCAGUAGCAUGCUGCAUCAGGCCAAAUACAGCAUAUACGUUCUGACGGAGCUGACGAGGUUCAUGAUCGCGCACUAUUACACAUUCUGCACGGGCGUCGUCAAGCCUCAUCUCUCAUCAAGACGCGGCUCGGACAGGGACAUCUCCGAGGCGAACCGCCAUCCCGGUACGCUACUGAUGUGCGUAACGCAAAAGCCCAACGCGAACGGGCUCCAGCAAUACGUAGAAGCUUCCGACCGAAUCGUCCUCCUGCUCAACCGGUGCAGCAGCACGCACGUCCGCUACGUGAACCCUUUCUUGGCCACCUCCAUCUGGCUCGCCGCGACGGUACAGCUUCUCAACAAGAAAUUCGGGCCCUCGGGCGGCAACCGCGAGCUCGCCGAGGCCAGGUACAACGUCCUGCGCCUGACGUACAAGCAAUUCAUCAAGUUCUGGGGCACGCCUAUCGGGCUGUUGCAGACGCUGGAUUCUUUGGAGGAUCGGUUUGACCACCUUCUUCGAUCGGGGGAAGGGGGUGGUGGUGGUGGAGGAGGGGAUUCCGAUGCCGCCAAAUCUGCUCAGAGACCACUGCCUUUCAGCCAAAGCGCCCAAGGUCUCGACCAAGUCCGCAGCAGGCGGUCGGAUACGACGACGACGGUGAGUCUUUCAGGGUCACAGUCCCGGCCUUCGAAUUCAUACACCAGCGCCCUCACGGAGCCGAAUCUGACGGGCUCUGGCGUGAACCCGACCAUGAUGGGUUCUUCCUCAGUCCACUCUUCCCGGGUGGUAGACGAACCGUAUCAAGAGGACAUGGACAACUUUGCUUCCUCUGUCACAGGAGCAGGACUCCAACCACGGCAACAACAGCCGAUCCAACCCCACGGCGCCGAGAGCAUGGUGAAAGAAGGCGUCGGCGGUGGACGGAUGGAUGAUUCGAGUGCCGUUGAUUUUGGUCCAAUGACCUCGACCGCUCAUGAUCCGACCCUGGACGACGGUAUGAGGCUCCCGAUGAAUUUCGACUACGACUGCGACAACGAACUUAGUCUCUAUCUCAACAAUCUGUUAUCAGGGUCUUAUAGUGGGAGCCUGGGACCGUUGUAA